UCACAUAAUAAUAUUCUGUGGACUGUGGUCAUAAACACACUGCUUGAAAACUGAUUUCGCGCUGAGUGUUACAUCGUCAUUUUGUGUAUGUUGUCGUAUAUAACUCAAUAUUUUUAUGUAUUAUUGAAACAAUUGACUUUGAAAUACUCAUUUCUUAGAAUAAGAGCAAGUAAGGCAAUAAACAUAAGUGAAGCACAAUCCAUAAACAUGUCGCAAACCGAUCAGCAAACAAACAAUGGAAAUGGAGAAGAACAAAGACCUAAUGGAAGUAACGAUGAAGGCGACGCUUUGGGCAGUCUUGCUGGCUCAGACCGUUCAAUAGUGGCAAAAAUGCCAGUUCACCGAAACUCACUGUAUUACAAAAUGGAUCAUAAGCGUCGUGGGGUCGCCAUUAUUUUCAACCAUGAAUAUUUCGAUGUCCAUAGCCUAAAACCUCGAACAGGUACCAACGUAGACAGCGAUAACUUGUCUAGAGUUUUGAAAAACCUUGGAUUUCGCGUUACAAUAUUUCAUAACUUAAAUUAUCAUGCUCUUAUUGCUAGAGUACAAGAUGUUGCUGAAAUGGACCACUCUGAUGACGAUUGUUUGUUAAUCGCAGUGCUGACUCACGGAGAAUUAGGCAUUCUUUACGCUAAAGACACUCAUUACAAGGCAGAAAACUUGUGGUUAAAUUUCACUGCUGACAGAUGUCCUACACUAGCAGGUAAACCAAAGCUUUUCUUCAUACAAGCAUGUCAGGGAGACAAGCUUGAUGGUGGUAUAACCCUAUCUAAUGUCACAGAAACUGAUGGUUCCUCCAGCACUCACUACAGAAUUCCUGUUCAUGCUGAUUUUUUGAUUGCUUUUUCCACGGUUCCUGGCUAUUAUUCCUGGAGAAACACUACACGAGGCUCUUGGUUCAUGCAGGCCCUGUGUGAGGAACUGCGAUGCUGUGGCACAGAGAGAGACAUACUUACUCUUUUAACACUUGUCAGUCAAAGAGUUGCAUUGGAUUUUGAGUCCAACACCCCAGACUUACUUCCUAUGCAUCAACAGAAACAAGUCCCAUGCAUUACUUCUAUGUUGACAAGAGUCCUUGUAUUCGGAAAAAAGAAUUGAAUAAUACAAUCAUAAUAUCAGUGAUUGUUAUAUUACGUUAACAAGAAAGGCAAUAUAAUUACUGCCCUCUCUUUCAAUUUUUGUACUCGCCUUCCAUGUCAAAUAGAGUAUAGUACCAAUGAGAUUUUUAUUUCCUUAUUGGAAACCUUUACAAUGUAAUAGCAAAGUUGUACUUUGUUGGUUAAGUAAACAAAUGCAUACAUACAUUUUAAUUAUCUAUAUUUGGUACUUAAUAUGUAUUAGAUUUAUGUGCCAUUGAAUAUUACCACAAAAUUACUUAAAAGUUCAGGUUAUAAUGCCACAAAAUAAUGAAGAUUUUGCUGAACAAAGGAAAUAAUGUUCUGUUUUAUGACUAGUUAUUGUAGUUUUUUAAUACAAUUUCAUUCCAAAAAUAAAUAGAAUUUGUAAAAGGCUGUGUGAUAGCAGUGCUGUUGUUGAUGUAGAUACAAUGGGUGAUUUAGUAUUAAUAUAUUCAUUUGAAGCACACAAAUUUUAGGCGUAGUAUUUAUAUAGUUGAGGAAUAACUGGAGUUUUUAGAAACUUAAAAAGCACCAUUCUAUCAUAAACCCAUACAGCUGAAUGUGGCCAAACAGUCUUUACAAGGCUGUUGGCAAGGGAUAUAGAUGUGACUAUAUGUAUGUUUGUUUGUAAACUCUUUAUUACACAUAAAAAUAAAUAUAACAAAUUACAAAACAGUUAUUGGAUUUAGAAGAAUAUGUACAAUGUGGACUUAUCCCAUUUGGGAUUUCUUCCAGUCAACUUAAAAUAUGUAUGUAAAAAGCACACAAUCAAAACAUGGUAAAUUUAAUAAGUAGUAUUUUUUUUUUAUUAAAUGCAGGUUUACUUUUAGUUACAAGUUACUAUUAGUAAUAUACUCAUUCCAAAAGAAUGUAAAGAAAAUCUAUAUAAUGUGACAUUUUGCAGAGCUAGGUUGUUUUUAUUAUAAAGCAAGUAUUUAUUGUAAUGACAGUUUAAUAAAUAAACAAUACAAAAGUUUAACUCCACCAGUGUGCGCCAGUGGUGGAGGGGAUUCGAAAUGUUAGCAAUCAUACUUCUUAAUUCCCACUCUCGAUACCAAUCUAACGAUUGAAGCCUUAUCACAACAUUUAUUUUUUUAAAAGAAUUGUCUAAGUUUGGAAUUUCAGAAAAAAAAAACUAGAAGUAGUUGUUAAUUAUAUGCGCAAGAUCACCAGUUAUUCCCAAAUACUAUUUUCAUGUCUUUUUUUUUAGUAAUUCUUCUGCUCAAUUUUAAUAAUAGAUAUGUAAGCUAAAAAUAAUAACCUGUGAACUGUUGUUUCAUAUGUAUUUUGUUAUAAAUGUAGUACGUUUAUAGGUACUUAAAAUAAGUAUUCUCAAGGCUUUAUUCUGACAUUAUUCACAAAAAAAUGUUAAUUUAGCCUUAAGAAAGUACAUAUCAAUUAAACAAAUUGAUAUUUUUCUGUGCUUACUUUUUUCAUGUGUUGGGUGCAUUAACAGCUAAUGUCAUAUAUUUUUAAGGUAUUUUCUAUCUAUUUUAGCUUAACUAGGUAAGCUUUUAAUGUGUUGUGUAAUUUACUUUUAUAAUGAGAUCAUUGCCACUUGCAUUUAUAAAUUAUUGUGCACAAAUCAGUGAUAGCCAUCAAAAUAAUGUAGUUUUAUAGCCUUUUAUUAUAUUUUUUUAAAAUACGUAUUUUUGGACUGAUGCAUAAGAUGUAAUGUGGUGGACUGAUUAAUUAGGUUUCAAAAUAUCCUUGAGGAAAUAAUUUUAUGAUUGAAUGUAAUUGGAAAUUGUGCCUUGAAUGCCACAGUCAUAGUUAAUGCUAGUGAAAUUGUGAUAUCUCCUCAGGGGUUUUUGAUGAACAAAGAUACUGUUUCUUCUUUGCAAUAAAUAUUUCUUCCAAU